AUGGGGAGCCACGCCAUCAAUCAGCAGUCAUCACGUUCACACUGCGUGUUUACCAUAUACGUCACCCGCUUGGACGCCGACUCGCCAGAGACCCCCAUCAAGGCCGAAUUUUCCGUUGUGGAUUUAGCAGGGUCGGAGAAGCUUGCAAUGCUUUCCGGGAAUCCAUCGCCAUUGCUGGUAAGGGAGUCGAUUGAUAUCAACACGUCGCUUCUAGCUCUUGCAAGAGUCAUCACGGCCCUCGCCACGAGUGCCAAGAGGAAGGUAAAGAAUGGUGAAUCAGCUGAUAGGUCGCACAUCCCCUACCGAGAGAGUAAGCUGACUAUGCUACUGAAACACGCCCUGGGUGGCAACUCUCUGACCACCAUGAUCGCAUGCAUUAGUCCCUCAGACCGGGAUGUUGAUGAGACCUUGUUGACUCUUAUGUACGCUGGCCAGGCACGCAACAUCACGAAUAUCCCACACGUGAACGAGGAUGCAAAGUCCGCGCUCAUCCGUCAGCUUCGUGCGGAGGUGGCCAGUAUGAAGAAGGAAUUGGCAUACUACAGAGGUCUGGCGUCGGAAAGUCUUGUAAAAGUUGAUGAUUGGCAUUCUCCUAAAUACACUUUGCAGGGUGGUAUUGAUGACGCUAGGGUGAAUGAAUUGGCAGAGAAGCUUCUUCAAGCGUGUGAGGCACUUAAAAAUAUUAUUGCUGUGAACGGUCAGCUGCGAAAUGCGUUUGAUGUUGUAAAAGAUGCCAAGCUGGAACUUGAUAGACGUGAAUUAGAACUCAAUGCUGAGAACUUGGCGUUACGAGAGCGAAUUGAGGUUCUUGAAUCUAUUGUGCUUAAGGAGGAGUUUGUAGAACAAUCCUCACGGAGCUGUGAGGUUGUGGAGGUUGGACAGAUGGAGGAGUCCACGUGCCACGAGUCGUUGCGUAGGUCGCCUUUAGUUGGCAUGCGCACUGGUUUGUCACUCGAGGAUGUUUUGUCUAAUCGGCCAUCCUCCGCUGAGUGGUCUCUGCAGCCUCGAAAUUAUGGCGAACGCGCAGAGUGGCGAGCCUCAAGUGCGUACAGAGAGAAGGGCCAUCAGAGCGAAUUGUUACUUGUUCCAUCUCAUUCGCGCACUGUGACAUGUUCUGAAAGGAGUGGGCCUUUAGCACAUGGAGACAAGGCAAAAGUCAACGGUGUGGCGAACUCCGUCGCAAGUAAGACAAGACUAAGGGAACGGCAAAAGCAGCGGCAGUCUAACCUCAAGAAAAAACUGGAGGCGUACACAAAUCGUUACUGUCAGCCGAAUCAUUACAUGAAUUAUGCAGAGUAUUAUGGCAAAGUGCGUCAGCAGAUUCCUGUAAAUCAAACAGCAACUGCGGCCAUCAAGGAUAUUGAGGGGACAUUAAAGCAGUUGCCCCGCUGCAUUGCAGAUGCUGUGCCGCAGUCUUUGAAAAUUGCCUCGGAGUUUGGUACCUUGUCAUUUGGUGGGUCGCGUGAGGAGGUGGCGGAGUUGGAACAGCGGCGUCACCAACGAGAAGCGAAACGGAAUGCGCUUCUUGCUCAGCAACAAGUUCUACGAGGUAAUGUAACCCAGACAUUAUUAAACGCAGUAGAGGAACUAGAAUCACUACGGUGUGUGAGAAGUACAACUCCUGCGUUUGCCCCUUACUCAGCUGAUAUUUCAGGAUGCACUAAAAAUUGUCGUACAGGAGCCUCGACCAUGCCGGCACCAGCAGCAAGCCGCGGCACAAGUCGACUGCGAGCAUAUUUGGACCGUGACUCGGCGAAGACGUCCACGCUGUGA